AUGAGCUCUACUGUUACUGUUAAGAGAGAUCCAACAACGCACAUGACGGAAGUCAAUCUUGAGUCGGAAUUGGAUGCCGAAACUCUUGACAUUUCGCAGACAGUUUUUGGAGAAGGAUAUCCAGAAGCAGGAUCCACCGGGAAGUCACCACGUUUAACAUUUGGUGUAGAGUUGGAGAUCGCAGUGGCAACUUUAAGAGACAUAUGCCAAAACACAGCACCAAAAGAUGGCCGCAAGGUCUACGGAGUUGCUCGGGCUGCUAACUCACCACCAUUGGACUAUGAUCCCAGACCAGCGCAUUUUGGCGACUCCUCCCUUGCAGAACGUGCAUACAGAGCAAAGGGACGAUAUUAUGUGUAUGAAAACAUUGCACAAACUUUAAAUUGUGCUGGAUUUCCAGCUAUACAUAUGGAUCACCCUGAGUAUCAAAGGCAGGGAUAUACAAUAGCAAUGACCAGCAAGUGGGUUAUUGGGACGGACCUCAGCAUUGAGUGUCCAGACGAAACGAUCUAUGACUACCAUAAGAUCGAAAUCAAAUCUCCCGUCUAUUACUUCAGCGAGGGAGCGCUGAGCGAUGUCGCAAGAGUAUGGGAGAUCAUCGCCUCCACCUACAAAGUCGUUACCAACGACUCGAUGGGACUACAUGUCCAUGUCGGCAAUGGAGUUGAUGCUUUCGACGGGGAAACUUUGAGAAACCUCUGGGGUAUUCUCUGGACUACAGAGAAAUGGAUCGAGACCAUUCACCCUCCUCAUCGGAGAGUAAACACGUUCUGUCCAAGCUUCCACCGUUGCUCCAACUUGGGGCGCGAGAUCGGAGCACAAUCCCUCCAGAACCCGGAAGGAGAGGUCCUUGAAUGGAUCUUGACCCGAGCACCUCCCACCACAGAAGAAUUCCUCGACACCAUCUGCAUGCACAGCGGUGCCUACAACUUUGUCAAUCUGCAGCCAAAUUUCAAUAUCGGAAGUAUCAAGCGCACCAUCGAGUUUCGCCAGCAUGAAGCCACGCUCGAUACAGAACGAGUUACCCAAUGGAUUCGUGUAUGCGUCGGACUUAUCAAAGUAUCUGCAGCUGCAGUUCCGACCGUUCUCGAUCCAUACCUACGACUUCUCGUUCAGACAAAGAGGGAAAAGCUUCGUGUGGGGGAUAUUUUGAAGGAGCUUGGGCUGGAAAUUGAGGGGGAUUAUUAUAGAGCUCAGGUACCAAGAGAGAGGGCAGCGGUUAGGAUUGUUGUCAAGAAGUUGUGGAAGAAGACUGCGAAGUUUGUUAAGGGAUGA